AUGAGGUUUACCAACACUGGUGUUUGGUCCCUCAAUGACAUGGACGAACUCUCUGCGAAGAGAGCCCUGUCAAUCGUGGCGACCAGAAUCUAUCUCCAGGACAACGGACCAGACUGGUUGGAUACAAACCUCAGUCAAUUCGGUUGCUCAGGCGAUGGCUUGAUCAACGACACCUUGAUUGACCACGACCUCGCACAACACCCAGUCGCUCAAGUUCUCCACCAUCAAUUUCGUCUCCACGUCGACAAAGUGGAAGAGGCCGAAGCAGCCGAACUCGGGUUGCAUUAUUUCGGCCAUCCCAGCACCGGAGGCAAGAGUGUGAAUCCGUUUGAGAGACCAUUGACUUAUGGAGCCAUCCACCCUGAAAUACUUGCAGAACAUGCGUUUGCUGCGUCCGCACUUCUUGACCAGGAACCUGUCGAGGAGGGUGUUGGUGAAGAAGAUACCGAGUUGGAAGUUUCUGAGCAAGAAGCUUCUGUUGCCGAUUAUUACUCUGGCGAGGAAGAGUUUGCCGAAGAAGAUGCCGAGUUGGAAGUCCCUGAGCAAGAAGCUUCUGUUGCCGAUUAUUACUCUGGCGAGGAAGAGUUUGCCGAAGAAGAUGCCGAGUUGGAAGUUCCUGAGCAAGAAGCUUCUGUUGCCGAAUAUUACUCUGACGAGGAAGAAGAUGCCGAGCAAGUCAUCUCCGAGUACGAAUCCGAGCCCGAGGACUACACCAGCGGUGUCUCCGAUGACGACAACUCCGACGAUGAUGACUAUGUUGAGAAGUCAGCUACCAAUUACGACGAACUCACUUUCGAACAACAACUCCGACUUACGAUCAAAGCUUCAUUGAAAGAUCAAACACCACAAAAUUACAACGGUGAAGCAUCUGGUACUAACGCUGAGCUUACACCACCACCUACUCAACAAAAGGCGCCUAUCUCACCAGCUCACUCCUCAGGUGGAAAAAGAAUCUUGUCACAUUCACCAUUGUCAUCGCCAUCUCCUUCUCCUUGCCCAUCGCCAGCUCCUGCCUCCAGAAAGCGAGGACGCUCUACCGAUGAUUCUGAAGAUGAUGACAAUCAGGUCAAGCCGGCUCCACGCCCAACCAAGAAGCUAAAGAAUUCUGCUACUAAAUCUUCCUCCUCCGCUUCAGCUUCAACUUCUGCUCCUUCCUCUUCUCCAGCUAUCGCCUCUUCUACCCCUGCUUCGUCAUCAUCUUCUUCAGCCGCUGCUGCAUCUACCAAUACCGCUGCCUCUGCCCCCUCCUCUACCCGCAAACCCAAAGCCCCUUCCACCCGCAAACCCCGCAAACCCCGCCGCUCCGCCUGGACUCGCGAAGAAACCGACAAACUCCACGACUGCCUUGUCAAACGGCGUGAAGCCGAAGCCGAGACCCCCGGCCUCAUCAAACUCUACGAUGCACCCCUCUGGAAACACCUCUCGGAACAACUUGCCCACUUGCAUAACAUUCACCGCGCACCUGGUGGUUGCAAAUCUAACUGGAAUCGAUGGGGUCGCGGGGUCUAUGAUUAUGAUGAGCGGUCGUCGUUGAAACGUUCGAAUGCCUUGGCUACGAGUGUGCAGGUUGCGAAGAAGGAUAGGGGCAAGAAGGUUGCGGCUCGUAAGGAUGAUGUUGUGGAUGAUGAGGCUGUUGCUCGUAAGGAUGAUGUUGUGGAUGAAAAGGCUUAG